AUGCCCACAGCCCCCUUGGCAGAAGUCCAGAUUAGGACUAAGGGCGGCCUUCCACAGCAGCCGCAGCCCGGCGAGGCGGUGUCCAUUGCAGGCCGCGGUGCCGGCUUCAAGAGCCAGGCGGCCGCACUCUACCGCAAGAACGCGGUGUACCAACGGCGUAACUGGUGCAGCAAUUGCUGCCUGCUGUCGGCGCCGAUCUUCUUUUGCCUGCUGCUCUUUGGAAUCCAGAUCGCAAUCAACAAGCUGCUGCUGACAGGCGACGAUUACUCGUGUGGCUGCCGCUGCACCAAGUGCUGCUUCGAGGGCAACAAGAACAAUUGCACCGCUGUGACGACGGGCUCGUGCCCCUACCAGUGUUUGGAAAAUUCCAAGACAGAAUGCGGCUACCAGUAUUCGACAGCAAAACAGGCCUUCUUCUGCAACAUACCUCACCCCUCGUCCUGGCCCGCAGUGCUACAGGUCCCAACCGAGGCCAACCGCGCUGCGCCUUGGAAGCCUGACCCGGUGCUGAUCUACACAGGAAAGGACAAGACCACCUCGGAUAAGCUGGCCUCCAACCUGCUGCCCAAACCAGCAACGACGGCGGCCAAGCUGCUGUCUGUGCGUGAAUACCUGGCAGAGUGGAGUGCGGCCAACAGCGGGGCCGGGGGUGGCAACCUGAGCGUGCCCGGCGAGGUCCUCACCAUGAUGGGCAUGACGCUGGGCUCGAGCGCCAAGGUGCUGGCAGGCGUGUACGUGGAGACCGCUUUCAUCAACGAGGAGCUCUCGACUCUAUGGCCUGAGGGAACCUGCGAGAAGCUGGGCCUCAGUGGCAGGACCAACGUGACCCUGACAGAGAUGGUGUCGGCGAUGGUCAACGCCAGCAACACUCCCGCCAGCGCACGGACCCUCAACUCCCAGCUGAAGAGCCUGCUCGCCACAGCACGUGGUGGCGCUGAUGACAGCGACUUGGACUCAAACACCAGUACCAAUGCGCAGGCUUUGUCGCUGCUGACCAGCCUGGCGCUCAACUGCACAGACAUGCCUGCCGCCUUCAUCUCCACUGCCUCUGAGAUCAGCAGACGGCUGUACUGCGGCUAUUACCAGUCACGCUGUGGCGGCGUCACAGGAUCACAGCAGUACACAGCCGCCUAUGACUGGAGGAGCACCACCGCCAAGAGGUUUGAGCCUGAGAUCUACUACAAUGACACAUACGGCCUGCCCGUGACAGCCAGCCAGGGCACCGUGUACCAGCGCCUACCAGCCGUGAUCAACCUGGCGGUCAACGCAUGGAUACGCACCUUUGUCGGCACCAAUUCAAGCGCAACGCUUCUGGGUGUCCAGGAGGCACCCAAGCCCGCCAGCUCCCUCAAGCUGGACUUCUCCAACCUGCUGGGGCCCCUGUUUUUCACCUGGGUGGUGCAGAUGUUGCUGCCCAUAUUCCUGAUGCAGCUGGUCUACGAGAAGGAGAAGAGGCUGCGUAUGAUGAUGAAGAUGCACGGUCUGGGUGACGGUGCGUACUGGCUGGUGACGUACACCUGGUUCUGGGCGCUGUAUGUGGUCUACAUGAUCAUAUUCGUGGCCUUUGGGUCCCUCAUCGGCCUCAACAUGUUCACAAAGAACUCUCUCGGCGUCCAGAUCGUGAUGUACAUCAUAUUUGGCCACAACAUGAUCGCAUUCGCGUUCCUGCUGUCCUGCUUCUUCAGCAGCAGCAAGACCGCCACAGUCUUUGCCUACCUGGUGGUGUUUGGCACUGGUCUCAUUGGCAGCCUGCUGCUGUCACGCCUCAUGAGCGGGGACUUCUGGUACAUGACGCUCGUGGAGCUCAUACCAUCCUUCGCGCUCUACAGGGGCCUGUAUGAGUUUGGUGAGUACGCCUACCUGGCUGUCUACCGCGACUCAUUUGGCAUCUCAUUCUCAACUCUGUCGGAGCCUGGCAACGGCCUGAAGACCGUGUGGGCCAUCCUGAUCGUCGAGUGGUUUGUGUUCAUUGCGCUGGCCUGGUACCUGGAGCAGGUGUUUGCCAGCGGCACGGGCAACAGGCGCCACCCCCUCUUCUUCCUGGACUGCUUCCGCAAGGGCCACAAGGCAGCGGCUAACGCGCGCCUCCAAGCCCAGGCCCAGGAGGUGUCGCCCAUAACAGAGCAGGCGGAUGACGUCGCCGCAGAGCACGCGCGCGUCAACGCCCUGGUGGACUAUGCGGGCAACCCCAUCAUUCUCAACCUGGCCAUUGAGAAGGGCGAGUGCUUCGGCCUGCUGGGACCAAACGGCGCCGGCAAGUCCACCUCCAUAAACAUGAUGGUGGGCCUUUUGGAGCCGACCCACGGCACCGCCCUGAUCGGCGGCUAUGACAUCCGCAGCGACAUGGCGGCCAUCUACACGCUGAUGGGGGUCUGCCCGCAGCACGACCUGCUGUGGGAGACGCUGACGGGGCGCGAGCACCUCACGUUCUACGGGCGCCUCAAGGGCCUGCAGGGCAAGGCCCUGCUGGAGGCGGUGGAGAGCGGCCUGCGCGCCGUCAACCUCUGGAACAACGGCGUCGCGGACAAGCAGGCGCGGCAGUACAGCGGCGGCAUGAAGCGGCGGCUGAGUGUGGCCAUCAGCUUUGUGGGGGACCCCCUGGUGGUGUACCUGGACGAGCCCUCCACGGGCCUGGACCCCGCAUCGCGGCGCAACCUGUGGGACGUGGUCAAGAGCAACAAGGCCGGUCGCGGCAUUGUGCUCACCACGCACUCCAUGGAGGAGGCCGAGACCCUGUGCGACCGCCUGGGCAUAUUCGUGGACGGCCGGCUGGUCUGCAUUGGCAACCCCAAGGAGAUCACCAGCAGGUAUGGGGGCUAUCUGGUGAUGACACUCACAGUGGCGGGGGGCCAGGAGUCCCAGGCGCGCGCAUUUGUGGAGCGGCUUGCGCCCAACGCGCGGCUCACCUACAGCGUCGGCGGCACCCUAAAGUUCGAGCUGCCCAGCGACGAGGUGUCGCUCAGCGGCGUAUUUGCGGCGAUGGCGGCGGCCAAGGCCGACAGCAGCUCGCAGCGGCUGCGCGUGCUGGACUGGGGGGUGGCCAACGCCACCCUGGAGGAGGUGUUCAUCAAGUUUGCGCGCGCAAUAGGGGCCAAGGCCGGGGAAUGA